GCAUACAGUUCCUUUGGCAAACCUAAAACCAGUGACACAAGUGGCGCCUGUCCUUGCUUGGAAUAUGGUUCCCAACCGAAAAGGAGGAGCCUAUCAAAAAAUAACAGGUGGAUACUUCUCAGGAAUAGAAAUGGAUAUGAGAACACGGAAGAGAAUGCUUAAGAAAGUUCGUGGAAAGGAAGUCUUUAUGACUGUGACUUAUAGCAGGGGUCAGCCAGUUCUUCCACCCCGGCUACAGCACAGUGUUCCUUCGGGGCGCUCUCCUCCAGUUCACUGCUCACAGGGUGGUGGAAACAUGGCACCUUACGAACCCUAUCAUCCUCAGAAUCCUCCUCAGAGACAUAACCGUGGAUUUGGGAUGCCAAGGGGAUCUGCCCGAUUUAUAAACAGGCACAACAUGGUUGGCCCUCAAAUAGCAUUCUACCCCAGUCCAGGAAAGAGAUGCUAUCAGAGCUAUGACAAUUUCUCCUGCAGGUCCUGCUCAUACAGCCGUAGCCGCCAUCAGAUGCAGUGUGUGAAUAAGGAAUGCCAGUAUGGGUAUGUACCAGGGAAUGGAGAGGAGCCUCAAGAACCAGAAGAAACUAUAACUUUCUAUGAAAUUGAAGGAGAAGAUGACACUACUUUUCCUACCUUACCAACCCAGGGCAGCCCUGCUUCUAUUGUCCACAGUCCAGCAGGAUUUUGGGUGUCAAGGAGAGGCCCAAACUCUGUUCCACCUAGCAAGCAGACUCUGAAUUCCUCAGAGGAGGAAGAAGAAACAAAUGAAAAUGGGAAAUUUAGUGAAGAAUAUAUCUAUGUACCUCCAGAUUCCGACUGUGAAACCGCAACAGUAUUUAGUUCAGCAGAACCUACAGCAAACUUGGAAGAAGGGCCAGUCUCUGUGUCACCUCAAGAUGGAGGGGCUUCCUACAGCUAUCCUCAGAAGGUGAUGGUGAAUUCUGCAGCACUCUCAGCCUCUCCAGCUACAGGCUUCUCCUCAAAUUCUGCUGCCUCCACUCCAGCCAGUGUCACAACAGCAGCUCCCCCACAAACAGCUGUUCAGCCAGUCAUAGUAUCUCCCCUUUCUAUAGGGAGGCCAGCAGUUUCUUCAGUGCCAUUCCCAGUUUAUUCAGCUCCUCUUCCUCCGGUCAGUGAGGUGGGAGAAGCUGGUGCUGUUCUUCCACCUUACUCUUGUGAUCCCAGUGGCAGUGAUCUGCCUCGAGAUACAAAGGUCUUGCGGUAUUAUUUUAAUCUGGGAUUGCAAUAUUAUCAUCAGAGCUGUUGGCCUUCCAUGGUGUAUGUACAGCCAGUGCUGCCACCAUCACCUGUGGAAGUUUAUCCAGCAUAUGCUGAACCAGCUCCUGUCCUAGAUCAGUCCGUACCUCAGCUCUACACUGAUGCUGGGCGACCUGAAGUCCACCAGGUUCCCUUGGAAGCACCUGCAAAUGGUAACUUUCAAACUGCAGAGCCUCCACCGCUGCCCUACGGGCCAAUAUAUUACCCAAUCGUGUCGGAUCCCUUCAGCCAGCAAUCUCUUCCUGGAUUUGAUUCUUUUGUACCUGCCUAUCGCUAUAUUAGUAGCUGGCAUCCAGUAAAUCCACCAUAUGGAAAUUCUCCACAAAUUGCUAAUGCUGUAAGUUCUGGACCACUGCACCAAGUCAGCUAUAUUGCCUCACCUAACCCUGCACCUCAUGAUGUGCCUCAAGGGAUGUAA